AUGGGCGCCAACGAGGAUGACAGCUGGGCCGAGAGACCCACGUAUCUCCUGCUGGGAGACCAGUCGCUUGACACACAUGGAUUCCUUGCCCAGUUCUUUCGCCAGGAGAAGCACGGUGAGCUGGCAAAGGCAUUUCUGCGCCAGGCCGGUCACGCUCUCUUGUGGGAGAUUGAGCGACUACCCAAGCUGGAGCGGGCAAAGCUUCCCGUGUUUCGGACAUUACAGCAAUUGAACGAGAGGUAUCACAGCGCGGACUUCAAGCACGCAGGCGUCGACGCUGCUCUGUUGACCAUCUCGCAGCUGGCACAUUUCCUGGAUCACGCGGAGAAGCACUGCGAGGAUAUCCCUCACCAUCAAAAGACCUUUGUCGUGGGUGUCUGCUCGGGCCUCUGGGCGGGAGCUGCCAUCUCGGUGUCCCCGUCGCUGCCGGACCUCGUCCCGGUUGGCGUCCAAUGCGUGGUCCUGGCAUUCAAGCUCGGCGCCUAUGUCCACGCGAUCGGACAGCGGUUGAGCCCCACGAGUGACAGGUCCGAGAGCUGGACAUACCUGUUUUCGGGAAUGAGCCAAGAGGAUAUGGCCUCAAAGCUGGCUGAAUUCCAGGAUGCUGCCGAGAUACCCCUAGCAAGCCGCGCCUAUGUUAGUGCGGUAUCUGUUGACAGCAUCGCAGUGUCUGGCCCUCCCACCACUCUCAAGGCCCUGGUUAACAAGGGGGUUUGCUCGGUGCGGCCGACGGCAAUUCCCGUCCACGGCCCAUAUCACGCGUCCCAUCUGCAUUCGGGGGCCGACGUUCGGGACAUCCUUGGGCUGGACGACCCGCAAGUGGAGGAUGCCUUUUACAAGACACGGCCGCGAUCGCCCAUGAUGUCGUGCACGACCGGGGAUUGGCUCGUGGCCAGCGAUACCAAGUCGCUCAUGAUCACCAUCGCGUCGACUCUCCUGAACGAGACACUGAUGUUCACCAAGGUGCUUGACGGUUGCCUUGAUCAUGCUCGCCAGUCGGAAGCGAAGAGUUGUCUUAUCCUGCCGCUCGGCCCAACCCAGAAUGCCGGCAGCCUCCAGAAUCUCCUUAAGUCGCACACCGAGCUGGAGGUUAUUCUCCGUGCGCCGCAGGCCGUGUCACCAGAGAGCACGGCGUCGAGCGUGGGGAACCAGGGCUCGAGCGGGAAGCCCAAGCUCGCCAUUGUCGGCAUGGCCGGCCGGUUUCCCGAUGCCGCCAGCCACGAAAAGCUCUGGGAGCUGUUAGAGAAAGGCCUCGAUGUCCACCGCAUGGUUCCUCCCGACCGCUUCGACGUGAAGACACACUACGACCCGUCGGGCAAGGCCAUCAACACCACCCACACGCCCUUUGGCUGCUGGAUGAAGGAGCCUGGUCUGUUCGACCCCCGCUUCUUCAACAUGUCGCCCCGCGAGGCGUUCCAGACAGACCCCAUGCAGCGGUUGGCCCUGACAACCGCGUACGAGGCGCUGGAGAUGGCGGGCUAUACGCCCAACAGGACGCCGUCGACGAAGCUCGACCGCAUUGGCACCUUCUACGGCCAGACGUCUGAUGACUGGCGCGAGAUCAAUGCCGCGCAGGAGGUCGACACGUACUUCAUCACGGGAGGCGUGCGCGCCUUCGGGCCGGGCCGCAUCAACUACCACUUCGGCUUCAGCGGGCCCAGCCUCAACAUCGACACGGCUUGCUCGUCCAGUGCGGCAGCCAUGCAAGUCGCCUGCACGGCGCUCUGGGCGCGGGACUGCGACACGGCCAUCGUGGGUGGUCUGUCGUGCAUGACGAACCCGGACAUCUUCUCGGGCCUCAGCAGGGGCCAGUUCCUCUCCAAGAAAGGCCCGUGUGCAACCUUCGACAACGAGGCCGAUGGGUACUGCCGUGCCGACGGCUGUGCAUCCGUCGUCGUGAAGCGCCUGGAAGAUGCCGUGGCCGACGGGGACAGGGUGCUCGCCGUCAUCCUCGGCACCGCGACCAACCAUUCCGCCGAAGCAAUCUCCAUCACGCAUCCCCACGGUCCCACGCAGGCUGCCCUGUCGAGGGCCAUUCUCGACGAAGCAGGCGUCGAUCCCCUGGAUGUCGACUACGUUGAGAUGCACGGAACCGGCACGCAGGCCGGCGAUGGCACCGAGAUGAAAUCGGUGACCGACGUUUUCGCCCCCGCGGACCGCAAGCGGCCUGCCGACAGGCCCCUCUUCCUGGGUUCCGUCAAGGCCAAUGUUGGCCACGGGGAGGCUGCAUCGGGCGUUACCGCUCUCAUCAAGGUCCUCCUGAUGCUCCAGAAGAACGCCAUUCCGCCCCAUGUCGGCAUCAAGCCAGGCUCCGUCAUCAACAAGACGUUCCCCAAGGACCUCUCGGAGCGGAACGUCAACAUUGCCUUCCACACCACUCCAUUCCGGAGGAAGGACGGCAGGCCGAGACGGGUCUUUGUCAACAACUUCAGCGCCGCCGGUGGCAACACCGGUCUGCUCCUUGAAGAGGCGCCGAGGUUCGCCCCGGCCGCGGAGGAUCCGCGCAGCCACCACCUCGUGACGGUGACGGCCAAAUCCAAGGCCUCCAUGAUCCGCAAUGCCGAGCGUCUUGUCGAGUGGAUUGACAAGCACCCGGACACGCCACUGUCGCAUCUCGCCUACACCACGACGGCAAGGAAGAUCCAACACUACUGGCGCAUGAACGUGUGUGCUGCCGACGUUGCCGAGGUCCGCAACGGCCUUCAGGGACUCCUCAAGGAAAACAUUAUGCCUGUCAACCCCGAGGAGCCCAAGGUGGCCAUGAUGUUUACUGGACAGGGCUCGCACUACGCAGCGAUCGGCAAAGAGCUCUACGAGCACUACUCGGUGUUCCGGCAGGCCAUCGACGAGUUUGACCUGCUCGCCCGCAUCCACCGCCUGCCGUCGUUCCUCCCACUGAUCGAUGGAAGCGAGCCGGACGUGGGCCGGCUGUCGCCCGUCGUGAUCCAGCUGGGCCUGGCGUGCCUGGAGAUGGCGCUUGCCAGGCUGUGGGCGUCGUGGGGAAUCCGGCCCGCUGUGGUGAUGGGCCACAGUCUCGGCGAGUACGCUGCUCUCGAGGCCGCGGGCGUGCUUUCGGCCAGCGAUGUCAUCUACCUCGUCGGCGUCCGCGCCCGGCUGCUCCUCGACAAAUGCACGCCCGGCACUCAUAUCAUGCUCGCGGCGCAGGGCUCGGUGGAGGACGUGACCUCCGCCCUGCAGGAGAAGGGCCGCGGCGUCGAGAUUGCCUGCAUCAACGGACCGCGCGAGACUGUGCUCAGCGGCGAGGCUAGUGCCGUCACCGAGGCCUUGACGAUCCUGAAAGACGCCGGAUUCAAAUGCACCCAGCUCCGGGUGCCCUUCGCCUUCCACUCGGCCCAGGUGGAUGCCAUCCUGGACGACCUCGAGAGCGUCGCCCGGGGCGUGACCUACCACGCGCCCAAGGUGCCCAUCAUUUCGCCUCUGCUGGGCAAGGUGGUCGAGGGCCAGCCCUUCGACCCGGUCUACCUCCGCAGGCAUGCGCGCGAGGCUGUCAACUUUCUCGGCGGCCUUGUCUCGGCCCAACAGUCUGGCAUUAUCGAUGACAAGACUGUCUGGCUCGAGAUUGGUCCCCACCCGGUCUGCGCCUCGCUGGUGAAGGCCGUCUUCGGCGUUGCCACAGUCGCGGUCCCUUCGCUGCGCCGCGGCGAGCCGACCUACAGGACGCUGUCCAACAGCCUCGGCAUGCUGCACAGCGCGGGGCUGAGGGUGGACUUCAAUGAGUACCACCGCGAUUUCAGCGACUCGGUGCGCCUGCUCGAUCUGCCCAGCUACGCGUUCGAUGAUCGGAACUACUGGCUGCAGUAUACGGGCGACUGGUGCCUCACGAAGAACCGGAUUGCCGCGCCCAAGCCCGCGCAGACCAGGCUGUCGACGACGACGGUGCAGAAGAUCAUCAAGGAGGAAGUCCGCGACGACGUGGCCGUCGUGGAGAUCGAGUCCGACCUGUGCCAAGAGCAGCUCCGCAAUGCCGUCUCUGGCCAUCUGGUCAACGGCGCCCCGCUGUGCCCGUCGUCGCUGUACGGCGACAUGGCCAUGACCGUGUGCGACUACGCUUACAAGCUGCUGCGGCCGGAUGCCGAGAGCGUCGGCUACAAUGUCGCCGACAUGGAGGUCCCCAAGACGCUGAUCUUCGACGACAAGGCCGUCAGCCACAUCCUGCGCCUGACGGUGACGGCCCAUGCGAAGCUCGGCUACGCAGACCUCGUCUUCCACACGGGCGAGGGGGCCAAGCGGACGGAUCACGCGCUCUGCAGGGUCUACUUCGGCGACCUGGAGGAUUGGCAGAAGGAGUUCGACCGUGUCUCGUACCUGAUCCGAUCGCGCGUCGACGCCCUCAAAGAGGCCGAGCAGCGCGGCAUCGCUUCCAAGAUCGGCCGCGGGCUGGCGUACAAGCUCUUUUCGGCCCUGGUCGACUACCACCCCCGCUACCGUGGCAUGGACGAGGUGAUCCUGGACAGCGCCACGUGCGAGGCGACGGCGAAGAUCCGCUUCCAGACCACGGAACAGGACGGUACCUUCUACUUCAGCCCCUACCACAUCGACAGCGUCUGCCACAUCUCGGGCUUCAUCAUCAACGGCACCGACGCCGUGGACUCGCGCGAGCAGGUCUUCAUCUCGCACGGCUGGGGCUCGAUGAGGUUCACCGAGAUCCCGCAGGCCGGCAAGGAGUAUCGCAGCUACAUCCGCAUGCAGCCCAUUAAGGAUAGCAAGAUGAUGGCGGGCGAUGGCUACGUCCUCGACGGCGACAAGGUCAUCGGCUGCGUCGGCGACAUCAAGUUCCAGUCCAUCCCGCGCAAGGUGCUCAACAUGAUACUGCCCCCGCGCGGCGCUCAUGCAGCCGCCAGCGCACCGCCUCCUCCUCGCCCUUCGGCCGUCGCCAAGAAGCCCGUCCCCAACAAGAAAGCUUCCUCGCCCAAGAGGAAGAAGAAGGAAGGAGUGACUCCAUCCAACAUCAACAAGGUGAACCAGCGGCUGAAGAGCGUCAUCUCGACCAUCAUGGACAUCCUUGCUCGGGAGGUGGGCUGCAGCCACGACGAGCUCGCCGACAACAUUGCCUUCACCGACCUCGGUGUCGACUCGCUGAUGUCCCUGACGGUCAGCGGCAAGAUUCGCGAGGAGCUGGAGCUGGACAUUCCCUCGAACGCCUUCGUCGACCAUCCCACCAUCGGUGCCUUCAAGCAGUUCCUGGCCAAGUAUGAGCAGCCGGGCCGCAAGACGAGCAUUUCCUCGCACGACUCAAACGCGUCCGCCAGCGACGGAUCGCCCGAGUCGGAUUCCGAAUCUACCGCGACGACGCCGCCCUUGGAGGAGAGUGAGGAGGGGUCUUCGAACAAGGGUGACAGCCAGAGCCAGUCUCAAUCCGCCGGCGGCGGCGACUCUGGGGAUGAACUCCAGUCCAUCGUCCGCAGCACCAUCGCCGGGGAGAUGGGCGUCGAGGUGGACGAGAUCCUGGCGGCCCCGGACCUCGCCAACCUCGGCAUGGACUCUCUCAUGAGCCUAUCGAUUCUGGGCAAGCUGCGCGAGAACACCGGCAUGACGAUUCCGUCAGACCUGUUUGUCGCGAACCCAUCGCUCAAGGCCGUGGAGCGUGCCCUUGGUAUCAGCAGCGCACCCAAGAAGCCCGCCAGCCGCAGCAAGCAGCAGCAGUCGAAAGAGGCCUCCUCGGCCAAGCAGCAGCAGGCUAGGGAGGCGCCGCCAUCAGCGCCCAAGCAUCCCAGGAUCGGCCUGGAGCAGCCUGCCCCUCCGAAGCCGCCGAGGCCCAGCAACCUGGUCGACGACUACCCGAACCGCAAGGCCUCUUCAGUGCUGUUGUCGGGAAGCCAUCGCCAGGCGACCAAGCACCUGUUCAUGAUCCCCGACGGCAGCGGAUCGGCCACGUCGUACACCGAGAUCGCCAAUGUCGGCGGCGAGUGGGCCGUCUGGGGUCUCUUCUCGCCCUUCCUGAAGACGCCAGAAGAGUACAAGUGCGGCGUGUACGGAAUGGCGGCCAAGUUCAUCGAAGAGAUGAAGCGGCGUCAGCCCCAGGGCCCGUACUCGGUCGCCGGCUGGAGCGCUGGCGGCGUGAUCGCGUACGAGAUUGUCUACCAACUCACCACGGCGGGCGAAGAGGUCGACAACCUCAUCAUCAUCGACGCGCCCUGCCCCGUCACCAUCGAGCCCCUGCCCGAGGGUCUCCAUGCCUGGUUCGCCUCGAUCGGCCUCCUCGGCGAGGGAGACGACAAGAAGAUCCCGCCUUGGCUGCUGCCGCACUUCGCCGCGUCCAUCACGGCGCUCAGCAACUACGACGCCCAGCCGAUCCCCAAGGACAAGUCCCCCAAGGUCAUGACCAUCUGGUGCGAGCACGGUGUCUGCAAGGAUCCCACCGAUCCCAGACCGGAGCCCUAUCCAAAGGGCCAUGCUCUCUUCCUUCUCGACAACCGAUCCGACUUUGGUCCCAACCGCUGGGACGAGUACCUGGAGGGAAGCAAGAUGCAAUUCCGGCACAUGCCUGGGAACCACUUCUCCAUGAUGCAUGGCGAGCUGGCCAAGCAACUCGGCGGUUUCAUCAAGGAGGCCCUUUUGUAA